AAAAAUAGGCAACCCUCUCUUAGUACUGGUAUAACUGGAAUUCGCGGAGAAAUAAGAUUGACUCUAGUUUGAUCGCCUCGAUACGCGAACAAGAAGACCGAAAACCCCAAGAUUUAGGAUUUCCGUAUAUUUUUCUAUACUCUUGCACGAAACCAGUAAGUUUUUCUGAUCUGUUAUACGAUUCUUUGAAUGGAUUCGAAUUCCUCUCUUUCAAGUUUGGGUUUGUUUGGCUUUGCAUGUCUUAUUGUCUGAUUUCUAGGGUUUCUAGAGUUGAAAUUCUUGUUAGAAUUCUUUAUGUAUUCAGUUAAAAUGGUUACUUCUGUUCCUUCGGUUGUUAAUUUUGAGGGUAAUUUGUGUUUUGGGAAAACUGCGGGAAAGUAUUGAAAUUUGAAAUUCGGGUGUGGCUUCUAAGUUGGGAUUUCGCGAGCAUUCCGUACGUUUCAGAGAAAUUGAAUUGAAGACGGUGACGAUGCUUGUUUUUCCUGCCCCUAUAGAGAGAAUUUAAACAUUCAGUGGGGUUGUCUUGUUGGUUUAGAAGAAUUCCAGCGUCUUGGUACGGAAUUCGAAGAUACAGUCUAUGCAUGCAUUAUUUAUUUUCUUUUUCAUGGUCUCUUUGGUUGUGAAAUAUGUAAGAGUAAGGGAGAAACGAAUUUUGAUACCUGAUAUUCAUUCCCAUUUGAGUUGGUCGAGUUGCGCAGCUUAACAAUUGGACAAGGUAACUCAAUAGAUCAGAAAUUUGACAUUAUUUGGUUGUUCUGAAGGACAGGAAAGAAAAGAAAACUCUCAGCAAAUAAGGCAUGUGAGAAGAUUGUGUGAUAAGAAGGGAUGUUGAAUACUUAGCUUUAAUUUGGGAUUUAGGAUGUUGAAAAAAAGAAUGUACAAUGCUCACUAUUGAGAAGUCGAGUUCUAGAACUUAUGCUUUGUGACAACAUAGAAGUCUAAUUAAUGAGUAUCUACAUUUUUGGUUUUCGUUUAUUUUGUUAUUGAAACCAUAUACCAUGUUAAUAUAGAGUUGUACUUGAGAGGAUGUUGUUGAUGUUAAUUUUCCGAUGGAUUUACAAUGAGAAUACAGUUUUUGUUUCUUGUGUCACUCAAUGAUAUGCAAACUUCUAUACAAUCUAAUCCACUAUCCUGUUUUAUAUGUGUUAGCUUUUAGUUUGCUGAUUUACAACUUUGCAUUUGGAUGCAGAAAAGGUAUGACAGAAUAAUAAAUUUCUCAGAAGCUUAUAUUUCAUUAUUUUGAGAACUUUUUGUUCCCAAAUGUUUGUCUUUUGAUUCAAAACCAAUGGGAAAAAAGAAUAAAGAAAAGCUACAUCCUGUUCAUCUUUUUGUUUUUCUGGGAUUAAAGUGGCACUUUUAUACUAAUAAGAGCCUUUGUGUUUUUGUUCCCUUUAUUUUCUUUGUCUUUUCAUCCGUGUGAUAGAGCAUUGGUGGAGGGGUUUCCAUCUGAUUGAAAUUCCGGAAUUUUUAGGAAAGGAUUUUUAUUUUUUCUUUCGUAAAAAGAAGGAAUAAUUUCUCUUUCAGAUUUUUUUUCUCCCUUACUAGGUAGGGAGUGGAUGAUGCAUUUGCACCAUUUUGCCCCCUUCUUUCGCAAAUUCUUUCCGAAAGCCUCUGGUAUGAAUGCUUUGUUUGCUUGUCUUCCUGAAGUUUUAUUCUGAAUAUUUACGCUCACUCCAAAUUACUUUGUUUAAACGGCAGGGGGUCCAGCGAUUGGCUGUUGUUUGAGCAACUUCAGGGAUGCAAUCAAAGUCAAAUGAAAAUCAUGGAGCACCUGACCCAGACGGCAUACCAUCUAACACAAUGUAUGCUGAACCCUGGUGGCGAGGUAUUGGUUAUAAUUCCAGCAACCCAGCUGUGACCCAGGGGAAUCCAUCAAACUCAUCUUCUCAGGGGGGGCAAAAUGGCUCAGAGUCAGAUGACGAUCACUCACUGUCUGAUGGAGGGCAAAAUAGGGAAGGAAAUGAUGCUAGAAAAGAAAGGCGAGCUACUGCAUCUUCACGAUCAGCGAAUUAUGGACAAGGGGACCAAAAUCUGCAGUGUGUUGCGUCAAUUACGCCAAUGAUGCAGGAUGAGUCUAUUGUUCAACCUACACAGCUUGAACUUGUUGGUCACUCGAUUGCAUGCGCGUCAAAUCCAUACCAAGAUUCAUAUUAUGGUGGGAUGAUGACUUAUGGGCAUCAACCUUUGGGUUAUACUCCUUUUGUUGGAAUGCCUCAUGCUAGAAUGCCAUUGCCACUGGAGAUGGAACAAGAACCUGUUUAUGUGAACGCAAAGCAGUAUCAGGGGAUUUUGAGGCGAAGAGAAGCACGUGCCAAGGCAGAGAUUGAAAAGAAGCAGAUAAAAAAUAGAAAGCCAUAUCUUCAUGAAUCUCGGCACCAGCACGCUAUGAGAAGGGUGAGGGGCAGUGGAGGACGUUUUGCUAAGAAAACAAAUGAUGUUGCAUCCAAGCAUACAAAUGGUGAUGCCUCUGGUCCCACCUUCUCAUCUCAGUCCUUGAGUUCUUCAGGUUCUGAGCCGUUGCCAUCUGACUCCACUGAGAUAUGGAAUUCAUGUAAUAGUCGGCAAGAUCCCCGAGGGGCCCAAGGCCAGGACACAUUUGACUCGCACAAUUAUGUAAAUGGCAAUGGCAACCACCAGAAUCACAAUGGGAUUCAAUCCAUCCCACUUGGGAGAGGCGAAGGUAAAGACUAUCUGGACCAUCAACAGAGAAGCUACUCCUCAAACCGGACAUUGCAGAGGCGUGGUUCAAAUCGGUGAACAACACAGAUGUGACGUGCACCAAGGCAGGGGAUUAAAACCAUCCAGUUAAUAGAUUAGUGAAGGAUGAAUCCUCUCUUAAUUUGGUAAAUCAUAUGCUGGCAAAUUUUCGCCGGACGGCAAAUCAUUCUUGGCUGUUUUCAGACUUCUUGUGGCUUGGUUUGACAUGGGCAAAGAUGAUGAAUAUACCGUGUGGCUUCUUUUGCCUGCAGGUUGCUAGAUUUCGUCAUCAUUCUUCCCAUUUGUUUCUUUGUACAGAGAUACCUUUUCUUUAGUUGUUGUAACAUUUAGAAACAGAUUUUCGUGCUUGUGUUGGAACUUGUUCACGGUUUGAUCCCAAGACUAUUACGUCUGUAACUUGCUCUUUUAAUCAAGUUUUGCUGGAGUGUGUGUAGUAU